UGUCAAUGCACUUGGAGCCAAUGCUGUUACGAAAAUAGCAUUCCACUAGCAGAAAUUAAAACAAGGUUGUUACUUGAAAGUUAUCUUAUUUUAUAAAGCAUUUAGGAACUACGGUCCAUGACAAAUUAUGGCUACGACAGCAUAUGAGCAUGACGCUGAUGGUUGUAAAUUCAUACCUGCUACUCAGCGUCCUGAUGGUACAUGGAGAAAACCUAGACGUAUCAAAGAUGGCUAUGUUCCUCAAGAAGAAGUUCCAUUAUACGAGAGUAAGGGCAAGCAGUUCAAAGCUCGCCAAAGCACUGGACUUCCUGUAGGUUUAACUCCUGAAAUUGCUGCAGAAGUCAAGAAAUCUAAAAAGGGUACCAUACAGCCUAUACCUGGUAUGAUAAUAAAUGUUGAAAAGAAAAAAAAGAAAAAGAAGACACAAGGUGUGUCGGAAGCAACUGAAAAACUGACAAGAUGUGAAAUUACAGAACCAACAUUCGGCACUCCCCCACCACCCGCUAACACAUCCUCUACACAAUCAGACCCAAAUAAAAGACUGAAAAAUUUGAAAAAGAAACUAAGAGAAAUAGAAGCCCUCGAGGAAAAGAUAUCUUUAGGGUCCCUAAAGAAUCCAGAUACUGAACAAAAAGAGAAGAUCUCAAGAAAAAUUGAAAUUAUGAAAGAAAUUGAAAUAUUAGAAAAGAGUAGCGAAUGACUUAAGCCAAAAUAAUUAUUAUAUAAGAUAUUUUAUUAAAGAUCAAUUUUUAAAUGCAUUUGUCUCAUGUAAGAGUCCAGAAGAUUUUUAGCAUUGGCAAGAUUAAAUUUUAUUUACAACUUUG